AUGUCUCAGGCAAACGGUCACGCGCCAGAGCAAAGCGAUGAUAUUGUCGAGGCUGACGAUUUCCUUGACGAUACGGACGAGACAUCGAUCAAGCCCUCUUUCCAGUAUCCCGCAGGGGAGUUGCUCAAACCUGAAGAAACCACCUACAAGCUUGUCCAUCGACUCAGACAGAAGAUUGGCCGCGUCUUACAUGAUGUCCAUGUCUUUCUGACUCGAGAAGGGGAGGACGAUGUCUCGUCUUUUGCUUCGCUGUAUGCUGCCUAUCGAUCAUGGUUCGUUGAUGUUGGUAUCGAACGCUCGGCCUAUGUUCUUGACCGAGUUACUCGACUCUUGCACACCGACGAGCGGCCCUACAGAGUGAGCGGCGUACGCAAAGACUACCCCCGCUCGAUACUCGUCCGACGAGCCAACGUUUACCAUACCCAGAGACUCCGGCAUAAUGCUGCACCUAGACCACGGUCAGAACUCGACGAACAACUUCUGCUAGACCUUGGGGAGUCCGCUGUCUCCCUCUACACUGAGGUUCGUCGGAACGCACAAAGUGCAGGUGAAUCGGCUCUAAAGGUGAUUUUCGGAGCUCGACUUUUCGUCAUCCCUCCACUCUUAGCGGCGUUCCAGAAAGCAGUAGAAAAGAAUGAUUUUCCCCGAAUCAAAGGCGGAUUGUUUGCCUUGUUGUCGGGAAGUCUGGCAAAGACAGUGUGCAGACAUUGGAAAUACACGCCGGCUGUCAUCAGGACAUUCAUCGAGGCUAGUACUGCCGACCAACCCUCAAUUCAAAAGCUUUGCGGUGAGGGCUUAUUCCAGAUCAUGGACUACGUUCGGCCCGGCGAUCGAAUGGCCAUCAUCGACCGCACUGUCGUCGAUCCAUUUGCGCCCGAGGAAGAUGUUGAUGACAGGAUCUCAAAGAAGAAAGCGUUCAUCUCAAGUAAGCGUGCAAACAUCGAGCGCAAGAAGGUAGAACUUGCGGAAGAGCUCAUCGAGCUCACUCGUGUCUCACAUUGGAAGAAGGCCACCUGUGUAGCAACGCUUGUCAUGUCACUAGGGAUGCGUUUCGACACGAUUGCUUCAGACA